UAGCAUGUGUCAGGAACUCUAAGAGUCAUGGGCAUUAGCCUGACAGCCCGAAGGUUUCUGAGCCAACCUGAUGAGGCAUUUUUCUUACGAAAUGUCAGCAAGUGCUAUCACGUCGUAGCAAAAUGGGGAGGCAUGUCUUGCGCAAGCGAACAACUCCGGUAGAAUUUUAUUUCACUAUCAUAUUGACGCCGACAAUGUCUCUAGCAUGUACCUCCGAAAAUAAGUCGGGUGUCAGAUAAUCACUAAGGCUCAUGCACCUGUUACGCUUGCUCACGUUUUCUGGCGGAAGCUGACCUUCAGUAACGGAAGCUGGCCUUCAGUGACAGAAGCUGGCCUUCAGUGACGGAAGCUGGACGGAUCAUGACCAGUUCAGGAUGAACCGAUCAUUCAGUGACGGAAGCUGGACGGAUCACGACCAGUUCAGGAUGAACCAGUCAUGCAGUGACGGACGCUGCAACGCCGUUCCUAAUCUCGGCGGCGUCGGCGAAGUCACCUUCGCCAGGCAUCGCGACGUCGUAUGCAUCACUCCGGCUCCUGACAAUACCGCCGCCUCUCCUCCUGGUGCCACUGACCUGGGUGCAACGGCGACCCCCAGAAAAGCUUCCGGACUGGGCUUCCGGUCUCAAACCCUCGCCGCCUUACCCUCCUUCUCGGUCUACUGCUCAAACGACCUCGGUAGUCCGCUUCCGUUCCGCUCAGCUCCGAUUGCUGUAUCAGAGGAGCAGCUUUUCCCCAACGAGGAGGACUGUGAUGUCGUUUCGCUGUGUCCUGCCGUGCCGACAGCCAUGCCGACUCGCGAAAGGGAAGUUCUCAGUAACCGUGGUGCAUCGUUAACCUCGCCGGAGAAAGAGCACGCGUUGACGACCUCGCCAGAUUCCGGCGUGGCAUCUGACGAGUCAGUCGUUAUAUCAGACGGUUUCAGUUCCACAUCCGGCGGCGUGACUGAGCGUCCAUUAGUGGCGACAGCAUCAGACCCACUCAAGAAGGCGUCAGGUAGACAGACGCCCUUCCAUCCUGUCCUCUCAGAUAGCAUCCUACUCUCCCUAUCUCCAUCGGCCGAACUCCCCUCUGUCCCCUCCAUAGCCACUCCUUCGGAAGCUGUGGCUAUAACCACUCACGUCUUGAAAGAAACUACUCCUGUUAAAGCCCCUGACGUUUCCCAAGACGUUUCUUCUGCAAGCCCGGAGGCUUCCCAGGAUAGAGUCGGCGUGUUACUUUCUAGACCGUUGAUUCCGAUCUCUGUUGAUGUGGACGCAAUCGACGGCUGUCAAGAGACCAAGGGCGAUAUUUAUCACCCCCAUCGGCUGCACCACAGCGGACCCAUCAGCAUCGGUCGCCGCAAGAAAGCCGUCUUUGCUGCUGCUGUUGCUCCUCGAGAAGCAAGAAGGAGCGGGACUGCGGGUGCUGCUGUAGAUGGCGCUAUUGCCUCUGAUGCUCUCGCCGCUCGACAGGCCAGGAGGAGCAGUACUGCGGAUGCUGCUGCUGCUGCUGGCCGUGCUGGUGGCGGUUCUGUUGCCAGUGACGCUGAUGGAUCUGCUGCUGCUGUCCUUGGCAACAGUGGCGCCGGUCCUGACGCUGCUGAUGCUGCUCGGCCCGUUGCUGCAGGUGCAGAUGCGGCUAGAGGUCACAGUGGUAGCGCUGUCAGUGCUGGGAGAGCAGGAGGUGGGGGGAGCCUUAACAGCGACCCGUUCCGGUUCUUGAAGCCUUUGAAAAGACUGGGUAGGCGCCAUUCAGCAGGCAAGGCUGAGAUCUUGACAUUUCAGGAUAAUGCAGCAGCCUUCAUCCAGUCACAACCCCAUGAGGAUCAGCAGCAGUGGCAGCAGCAGCAUCAGGUGCCAGCAAUCCGCUCAUUUGAAUCAUUGGGCCAGGGUGUUUCACCCCAGGUCUCAUCCAUCACCCCGUUUUCGCCCUCUUCGAGCCCCAUCGCCUCUCCUCCCUGGUCAGCAAAGCCACCGCACUCCCUCAAUCCAGCCUCACAGUCAGCCUCGCCCUGGCUUAUACACACUUCUGCCUUGGGCCCACUGAGCUCAAGUGACACACACGGAGGGCCGCAGCAGUGCCUGACGUACCCCAAAUCAGCAUCUGACGCCUCAGAGAACGAGCGGCAGCAGCGGUCGCGGUCCCCCCAGCUGGGAUUCAGGUUCUUUUCCAAGCCACACAGGCGGUCUGACAGCCAGAGUAGUGGUAGCACUGGUGGUGGUGGUGGUGGUGGUGUUGGUGCCGUGCGCAGCAGCAGUAGCAGCACGAGUGACGGUGCAGGCAGUCUGCAAGGCAGCAGUGGUGCCACUGGGGAGCAUUGCAGGCCGGUCGUGUCGUCUUGGUCUGGUGACAUAGCUACCCUGGCUGCUCCCUGUGCAAGUCCCACAGGCACGAGUAGCUGGCGGGAGCAGCAGCAGCGGCAGAUGCAGCAACUUCGUCAGCGGCAGCAGAGGCAGCACCAGCAACAGCAGGCGCACUGGGAGCAGGACACCACAGGACAGUCGUCUCCUCCCCUGCCUCUCUCGCCUCUGAGCGAUGGCUCGUCUGACUCUUACCCUAGUUCUCCUCCUCUGGUCUUCGAGCGGUGCACGACUGAACCUGUUCUACACAAGUCCACACUGUCACCGACCUCAGGCAUGGGGGGUAAAGUAGCAGACGCAGAGGAGUUCGAGUACGCUGACGAGGAAGAGAACGAGCAAGUGGAAGGGAUGUGGAAGGGCUUAGGGGUUGGAGUGGUGAAGCAGCAGUCAAGAAUCCCCAGAGCAGCUGACAGGAGGAGGGCGGCUCGAGGGGGUGAUGCGGGAUUCACUUUUAUGCGAGGCUUGAAUGGGAGGCACAGAGACAGACGAGGGGGCUCUGGCACUGUACCUCAGGAUAUGGGGAAAGGAGAAAUGGGGGGAGGAGCAGCAGGAGCAGCAGGGGGGUUGCGCUUCCUUCCGCCUGCCCCUGUUCGGACCCAGAGUGUUCCAUCCAGUGCUAGUGAAUUCCCACGCUCUUCCAAGCUAGACAAGGUUGUCUACGGUCCGCCUGUGCGUGUCCCAGUCGAUCCCAGCCGUCCAAUCGCCCUGUCAAUCCGCCCCCGCCCUCGAUCUGCCGUCAUGCCCCAAGGCACACCGCAUGCCAGCAGAACAUGCCUGCUGGUAACCCUAGACUCGGUAACCUUUCUGGUUACAGAUGACGGCAUCAGGGUGUGGGAUAUCCAGCAUGUUAUGACGGCAGGUGGAGCCUCGGGACUGGGGAACCCUAGGGGAGAUGAAGAGGCAGCUGCGUUCUUCUGGGUGCCAUUUGGGGCAGGUGUAUCUGCAGCCAAGAGCAUUGCAGUGGAUGGCAAGGCGCGGAUGGUGUUCACAGGGCACAGGGACGGCAGGGUGCUGGUGUGGCAGGUGCGCGAGAGAGGGGAUGGGAGAGGGAGCGUGACAGAGGAAGAUACGGCAAGCAGCAAGGGGAGACAGGUAUGGGCGAGGGGGGAAUGGGGAGCAGGCACGGAAGGAGGAGGAGGAGGAGGAGGAGGAGGAGGAGGUGCAAGGAUGGGCAAGGAAAAAUGUGUGGGUGGUGGAGAGAACGAGCCUUGCUGGAAGGUAUGGGUGGAGCUGGUGGCUGAGUGGCAGGCGCAUGUCACCGCCGUGACGGCUCUCGUUGUCACGUCUUACGGUGAGCUGUGGUCAGCAGGCGACAGGGGCGUCAUCAAGGCAUGGCCAUGGCCCAGCCUGCACCAGGAGCUCUCCCGAGCCUCAUCUCUCCUCAACCCAGCAGCCGGACCACAUGCCAUGACUGUAACCUCUGGCCCUCUCCGUGCCCCUUGCGUGAUUCACCCCACCGCCGAGCCUGUGCUCCUGCACGCCCCCUCCUCCUCUUUCUCGCGCCCCCGGGCCACUGCUCGUUCUGCUUCGGCUGCUGCUGCGUCAGCUGCCGCUUCAGAUGUAACUGCUGCUGCUUGUGAAGCAGCUGGUGCCGCUGACAGCAGUGAAAGUGUAUCUCCUGUGUUGGUGGGGAGUGGUGGAGGGGUCCCUAACGCUGCUAACAGCACUCCAGGUGGUGCGGCUGCUGAGAACGAGGGUGGCAGUGGGGGAGUGGUGUAUGGAGUGACAUCUGUGCGGCGAUUGGUGUCAGAUCCAGCAACGGGGCAAGUAUGGAGCAUCGGGGCUGCUUCUAUCUCAAUCUGGUGAGCCCAUCUUCUGGGACGCCAGGCGGCGAGCGCUAGUGUGCCACGUGAAGGUGAAGGACGAGGAGAAGGCUGCUGCUGAUACCUCCUCGGGACCUGUCGCUAGUGGGGCGAGCAGUACGGUGCUCCCUGCAUCUAGCAGAUCGGGAUCGGGCAACACCUCAGCACUUGCCAGCGGGGGUGCUACUGGAGUCAC